AUGAUAGCACAAGCUGCUACACGGCAUCAGCCAUCUCCGUUCUCUCCUCAUACGAACCGCGGGCGUAAAUACGCACCGCAUACACCGCAUACACUGGAGUCCGUCUAUUCUUCUACCAUGUCUCCACUCGCAUCAAACAUGCGUUAUUUGUCUGAUUUCAAUACCGAACAUCCAAUACCACAGACGUGGCAAAUGUCGUCGACGACGCCCAUGGUAUAUGAGACCCAACUCAUAGAUCCAGACAUACUUCAAAUGGCCAAUGAAUCCGGGAAUAAUCUGAUGGACAACCAACCCCAGGAGCUUGAUGUUCUUGGUGGCCCUGUUCUUGAUUCACUGAUGAUAUUUCCCACAAUUGAAUACCAACCACAAAGCUCCAUAUCCCCAGUAAGCCCGAAGUCCGGACCCUCGACAUCGCCUUCCAGAGGCAACGAUUCCCGGUCAUAUACCUCCACUGAACCUGAGCAUGCUCGAAGUGCACACAGCAGUGAAACCAAGUCCAUUAUUGGGACAGUACCACCACCGUCUCUCCCCCUCAAAGAGCAGUAUCCCGGCGGCUUCAUCCCAUGGGAUCCAACGAAUCCUGGGAAGUCUGACAACAUCCGCGAAAAAAUCCCCCGUAACAAGGCCGAAAUUCAGCAACAGAGAAAAGAUAUUGCUGCACUUAGGAAAGCUGGCGGCUCGUGUAUGGCGUGCUAUCGGGCCAAGAAGAAGUGUGGAACAACUACACCGUGUUCUCCAUGCACUUCUAAAGGUAAUCGAGUCUGCUUUCGAAGUUGGGGAGACCUGUGCCUACUUGGGCCGCCCACGGGACACUCUCUUAGGAUCCUUGGCUUCCCAUCCCAAGAGGCGAAAUAUCAUCUACAACGUAUGAGUGAGGAGGCUUUUAAACACAUGAAUGCAUUCAACGCGAUUGUCAAUAUCCGCGAAACAUAUGGCGGAGACUGCACUGCAUGGCAUUGGACAGUAAAGAGGUCCAGCAUCACGCUAUCGAGUAAAACGGACUGCCCCGUCGACGCCUUUCUUGCUGGGGUGACCAGUGCCCUCCCCAUCGUGGAUCUGGUCAAAUUCAAAGAUCAAUACAAACCAAACACACUCGUUUGGCAUGCACUCAAAAUUGCACAUCAGUUUAUGGCCAUUCAAGGCUUGGUGCAAGCUCGAAUCCGUGCGUCAUGGCUUGAAAUUAACACCGGACGACUCCUCUUGUUUUAUAUUUUGAUUCUCUCUUUUCGGAAGCUCGGAGAAAUGUCUCAGGAGUUUUGCCCUGGUUUGUAUGUGGCUCUAUGUGGAAAGGACAAGAAGAACAAAAAAUGGCCACGGAAAGAAAGUGAAAUCGAUCCCGCUUGGGUCGCUGCAGCGUUAUAUUACCGAGUUGUAUGUGGCUUGCAAGAUCUUCAAACCAACACAGUCAUAGCGAGAAUAUUUGGCCCCUCUAGAUAUCAUCUAAGUGGUGUCCGCGAAAAACUCGAAGAUAUCCUGCGCAAUAUGUCCCCCCGACACGGGGCUACGAACAAAUCUUCCAGCAGAGAGAUUCUUAAAGACGGAGUUCCCAAAAUCCCGUCACCUCCAGACGUCGAUAUGGCUUUCUGGCUGGGAGUGACGGAUGACCCCGAACAAAUGCAGUCUGUUUUCAGCCAGCAGGAGAGUCCCUUCUCGCCACCAGCCUUCAAAAUGCAAGUGUUCUUGGCUGAUCAUUAUCCUCGGCCUGGGCGUGUGGCGAAUCAUGUUGAGCAGGACGAUGGGCACUUGCAACCUGGGACUUCUCACGAUACAGUGAUUCCUCAACAGAAUGCCUUCGAUAGUAUGGCCUAUAUCGAUCAAAUCGAGACCUUUGACUCAAAUAGUCUAUCCAACUUCCUCGGCAACGAUAGUAUUGAUGCAUUCGAUCCAAUGGCUGCAACCUUUGUUGAUACAAUGCCACUCGAUCCAGUGCCACUCAAUGGCAAUUUCCCGCAAUCCCUGUACAAUUGUUGA